AUGCCUUCUCAAGUCGCCAACACCCUUGCCGCGCCCAUCGCCAUCCCGGCUGGGCGCCGGACCAACCUGGGCCUGCUCACCACCCAAGAACUGUUCGCCAGCCUCAGCGCGACUCUCGCAUCCCACGCCGUUUCGGACCGGGACCCGAACCAGCUGGCCACGCCGAUUCACCACCCCACCGAGCACGACUACUCCGUCCCGGCGCCACCUCCGCCGAGUCCCGUGUCGUUCCGGGACCACUGGCCCGCUUCGAUGCGUCGUUAA